GAAUAAGUAUAAAAACCCGUUUAUUCUUCCCAAUCUUGAGUAGGAAUAUGUCCUUCUUUUGUUUCCAUAAAUAUAAUUAUAAAGAAUGGAGCUCAUUAAGGAAGUACAUAUAAUAUUAUCUAUUUCGAGCUACAUUUUUAUAGCCGUAAGGGCUUCAGAAUAUUCUUUCUUCGAACAAGUAUUUGGUUUUAGGCAUAAUAGCUGACAUUAUAGGAAUAAUGCUUCCAAAUCUUCGAAGAAUUUUUGCUUCUUUUCGAACAGAAAAGGAGGAACGCUCGUACUCCAGAACAGCUUUUGUUAGUCAGGAGGAAAUCACCUACUUUAUCCAUUGCUCCCUCAUAGUACUCCCUGUAACUCGAAAAGAAUUCCCAAAAUUUCGUAGUGAAUUAAAGAUAAAAAAGAAAAACCUAGUGUUUUACGAUUCUGUCUAG